GUGUGUGUCUGUGUGUGUGUGUGUGUGAGAGAGAGUGUGUGUGUGUGUGUGUGUGUGUGUGUGUGUGUGUGUGUGUGUGUUUGAAGGCUGGCCUCUCUACAAAGGGGGAGAUUGUUGAGCUGGAGGUCCUCGAGAAAGAGAGAGAGAAUGCCAGCACUCUCCCCCAGGGCACUAUAAACCUGAACGUGUGCGUGGAUGUAGUGGACGGUGAAAGUGCUACAGGACAGAAACAUUCAUUGUGCAUCAGCACGCCGGAGAAAGAGCACUACAUCCGCGCAGAGAGCAGAGAGGUUAUCAAUGGGUGGCAGGAGGCUCUGAUAGUGUUUCCUCGCACCAACAAGCAGAACCAGAAGAAGAAGCGGAAAGUGGAGCCACCCACUCCACAGGUUCCUGAUGUGGUGAGGACUCAGUUCUCCCUGGAGAACACAAAUGGCUUUCCUGAGCCGGGUCCUGCUAAAGUAGCUGUGACCAGCAGCAGUAGUUUGGGUUAUUUGUCGGAGGAGCGCUGGACCAGACCGUCCAUCACCACCAGCCGCAGUGUUAGCUGCCUCAGCCAGCACUCAGAGGAUUCCGGCUCUGUGAUUGGAGGACGCAAGCCGAGGGUGGAGAGCGGCUACUUCUCACUGGAGAAGGCCAAACCUGAAGAACAACAACAACUUCAACAAGAACAGCAGCAGCCUCCUCAGCACCUCCCUCUUUCCUCCUCUUCAUCCUCCUCUUCCUCUCGGCUGAGGUACAGCUCCUCAGACUCGAUGCUCUGCUCCUCCUCCUCCUCACACAACACACACACCACUAACACACACACCACCCACACCGACGCCCACACGCUCUCACCCCCCGACACGCGCGACACACACUCGCGCACCCUGCGCUCCUCGCUGUCCUCCUCUCAGAGUUCUCUCGACUCUGAGCCCGGAGUGGAGGGGCGUGGCUCUGCGCAGGUGGGCGGAGCCGCCGUGAGCACGGCCGGGUCUGCGGCGAGGACUGGCCGAGGUGGGCGGAGCUACGCAGUGCUGGCGGACGUCCCGCGGGCCCGAAGGCUGAGUCACCGCGAAGCGUUCCGGACGGAGCGGAAGCGGCAGGAGCUCCGAGAGAGAACCCGGAGUCCGGGCAGAGAGGAAGUGGAGAGACUGUUCGGACACCAGCGCAGGCGUUCUCAGGUGAUUGAGCGGUUCGAGACACAGCAGUCAGCAGAUGGCCUGGAGCACAUGGACACGACCUGCUCCUCAGCUGAGCAGUCCUCUCCCUCACCUAAAGCCACCAAUGAGAGGACAGGGCGCAGCGAGAGGCGUCUGCCUGCCCAGAAACAGGAUUUGUCUUUGGACGCCAGUACGGCCCGUUCCGUGCCGGACAUCUCUGGAACGACGCUGGCCAGUUACCGGAGGGCAAAGAGUCUGGACCGCAGAGUGACAGAGUCAUCCAUGACGCCUGACCUGCUGAACUUUAAGAAAGGAUGGAUGACCAAACUGUACGAAGAUGGCCUGUGGAAGAAGCACUGGUUUGUUUUGACUGACCAGAGUCUGAGAUAUUACAGAGACUCCAUCGCUGAGGAGGCUGCCGAUCUGGACGGAGAGAUCGAUCUGUCCACUUGUUAUGAUGUCACUGAAUUCCCAGUGCAGAGGAAUUAUGGCUUCCAGAUUCAUAGUAAGGAGGGAUUGUUCACCCUGUCUGCUAUGACCUCUGGCAUAAGGAGAAACUGGAUCCAGGCCAUAAUGAAGAGUGUGCGUCCCACCAUCACGCCCGACGUCACUCGGAAAAACGUCUCUCUCAAACUCUCUGUUCUCAAACCAAGUUCUCUUCCAGAAGAACAGGCCAAAGCGAGAGCGACCCUGGACUUGACCCAGCCGACCCCUGACGUCUCCCACACUACACACACCCCUAAAGUUGAAGUUCAAAGGUCUUGUGAGGUCAUAAGUGACUCUGCUCCGCCCCCAGAGCCCCGCAAGAACCGAGCCCGUGACCGCAGGCGCGAGGGGCGGUCCAAAACCUUUGACUGGGCAGAGUUUCACCCAGGACAGGAAAAAGGGGGGCCACCGAGGGAGAGGGCGGAGACGUUAGAUGUAAGCUCCGCCUCCUCUCCUUCUUCCAUCUCGUCGUCCGCUUCCUCUCCAGUCUCCAGCACUUCCUCUCCGCAGACGUCCUCUUCUCUCUCCGCCCCCAUCCCUGGCCCCGCCUCCAUCCCUGGCCCCACCCCCUCGGACAGGAAGUUGACUCGGCAGGAAGAGGAGGUGGAAGAGGAGCGCACAAAACGUGGACAGGAUCGUCGUCGCCGCUUUCAUCCUUCGUCUUCCCUGCCUCCCUCGACAGCCGUUGCGGGGGCUACAGUAACUGAUGGCCAGUGUAAGCCCCCUGUGGAGGUACCGCAGGAUCACGGAAGGAUGGAGGUAGACAGCUCAGCCUGUGUGGGCGUGGCCACCGGAGCUCAAGCUGCCAGUCAGAACCCUGAUGUGCAGGUGGAAAUUGAACAAAGGUGGCAUCAAGUGGAGACCACGCCCCUCAGAGAAGAAAAGCAAGUGCCAAUCACCGGCAGCUCCGCCCACCUCUCCACUGGAGACAGGAUACCCCCACAAGAACUCGCCGCAAUGUUGGACAAAGAGUUGGGACAGACGCAGAGGGAGUUGGUGAGGCUGCAGGAACAGAACAGCCUCCUGCAGGAGCAGCUACAGGACGCCCGCGGACGAGAACAGAGCGCGCGGGAGGGAUACGUGUUACAGAGUGCCACAGGACAGCCUUCAUCUGACUCAUCUUCUUCUUCCUCACCUCACCAAGUGCCAUGGCAACAUCUCACCAAGCUAAACCAGGAUCUGAAGACAGAGCUGGAAGCUCAGCGACGGAAGCACGAUCUGGCUAAUCAACAAGUCACCAGCCUGAGGAGGAGCUACAGUGAGGCUCAGGACGUGAUCGGCCAUCAUGAGGCUGAAAUAGAGGCCCUGCAGGCAAAGCUAGCAUCUGCCAUGGCAGAGAUUGUAGCGAGUGAGCAGGCUGUGGCUCGUAUGCGCAGUGAACUGAAGUUGGAGCAGGAACGUUGCCGUGAGCGUGAGGACGAAUGGGCUACCAACGAAGCGACUUUACGGGCGCAGCUUCGUGAUAGUGAGGAACGGCUCCGGGACGUAGAAGCUAGUCUUCUGGAAAAGAGCCAGGCACUGAGGCUGUUGGAACGCCAGCAGGCCCUGCAAAGGGACCAGCGCAAAGAAGUGCAGAGGCUGCAGGAGAAACUCACUGAGGUCACUGGCCGCCUCAUUGCUACAGAGGAAGCACAGUCUCUAAGGGAAGAACGGGAGAGAAAGGAGCAACGCUGCCUGGAAGAAAAACAUGAACGGGAACGUCAAGGACUGACCCGCAGGCUUGCAGAGUCAGAGGAGAAGAAGCGUGAGGUUGAGGAACAGUUGCAGGAGGCACAAGAACAAGUGGAGAUGCUGCUACGAGGAAGUGGGGAGCGGGUGGUGGGGUCAGAAGUCAAGGAGGAAGUGCUGCGUCUGCAACAACAGCUGAAUGAGCAGACGGACAUGGUGGAGACCCUGCGGGAGAGUGUCCGAAGGCUAGAAGAAGAACGGGAUUGUCUAAUGUGCCGUUGCCAGGAACUGGUUAAUCAAAUUGCUGAGGCAGACAGGGAGGUAGGAAAAUUGCAGGAGCGUCUGAAGACGGAAGAGACAGACUACUACUCCUUGGAGAGCUCGUAUGAGCGCGUCUCAGAGGAGUUUGCAAAGAUCAGCCGUGUUUUGAGGGAAAAGGAGGAAGAGGUGCGGCAGACAAAGGAGACGUAUGAGCAGCUGGUGCGACAGAAAGAGCAGGACCUCAAUGAAGCCUUUGUCAAGAUGGCUGCUCUGGGGAGCAGCCUUGAAGAGACCGAACUCCGUCUGCAGGCAAGGGAGGAGCUUCUCAGUCAGGUGCAGCAUACGGAGGUAGAGCCCUGUGAAGCAGAACAAGAGCUGAAGGCGAAGUUGGCAGUGGCUGAGGAUCGGAUUGCUGAACUUGAACAGCACCUUGAUGCUCUUCGGUUGGGAUAUGCAGACCUCAGGAUGGAACGCUGCAGCUCUCAGGACAAUGUGCUUGACACACUGGAAAAGGAAACAGAACGUGAUGUCUCCUUGUCUACCACCUCCUCCUCACUAACUCUUGCAAGAAGCAGCUCAGAGACAGAAGUGUCCCUUGCCAAGCGGCAGAGGAUCCGUUUCUCCAACAUUCAGUGCCAAAAAUACCACCAAUCCCAAGGAAUAGAGAGGUUUCAGAUAGAUGACACUUCUCUGGAUCUCACUCAAGAGAUGAGUCAGGACCUCAUGCCAGAGACAAGCUCAAAUCUCACAGGGGACGGGGACAUCACCCAAGAUUUGACCCAGGAUAUCAGCAUUGUGAGUGACAGUUCAUUUCAGUAUUGCAGCGACACAGAGAAAUUCAUGUCCAUCAUCCAUGCACUGGAGUCCAAACUCCAGGACACAGAGGAGAAGCUGAGAGACAUCACUGCAAAGAUGCAAAAUGAACAAGGACAGCCUGGCAACAGGGCGUCUGUGGAGGGACGCAUUGCUGAUUCCUGUGCUGAACCAGAUCAAGAUGUUCCUGAUGGGAAGUCCCACUCCUGCUUGGACGAAGAUUCACAGGGUAGUCUUGCCAAUAUAGAUUAUAAGAAGGCUCUGGCUUUUGUAGAGUCCUGCAGAGUGAGGGUUGCAGAGAUUCUCAGCAGUCAGGGUGAAGAAAGUAGUGCAGAAGCACAGGUCCAUGCGCUAGUAGAAAUAGAGAAAGACUUAGUUAAUGCUACCUUGCACAUGAGGCAGGUUGGUGCCUCAAGUGAAGUCCGUCUUGCUUCCAGGACCAUAGAGUCACAAUCACAAAUAGAUGAAUCUACAAUAAAACUGUUUGCCAGAAUGUUAACCUUCGAAGGAAUUGUUUUGGAGAAGAUGGCAUUCUCUCUUGAGGAUCCAAAAUCAGAUCUAAUGCAGAGUCUUGGAGAGAUAAACAGAGAUGCAGAAAACAUAAAGAAGAGCCACCAAGGCUGUGUUUCAAUAGUUUACACUGACAUUCUUGCAAGGAAACUAAUGCUGGAGAGUAUGCUGGUGGACGAGCUUCAGGAACACCUGUCCCAACAAGCAUGUACCCUCAGUGACGGGUCAGACACUGUACAGUCAGUAGGGGACAGUGUUAUAGCUCAGAGUAUCAUACACAAUGUCUGUAUUAAUGCUGAACUUGCAUACUCCCUUCAAAGCCUAAAGCACACUUACCAAGGCAAGUUUGAGGAGCUUCAAAGGGACUUGUUCAAGGUAAAUGAGACCUUGCAGCAAAGGGAUACAGUGUUAAGGGAGGCAGUUGGUGCUUUAAACACUGAAAAAGUCACCCAAGAUAUUAGCAAUAAGCUUAGUGUUGAUCCUGAAGCCUCCCUUGCUGACACUGCACCUCCUGAACUUGCCCCUUACGAAGAGUUUAUUGAGAGGGAAGAAGCUCAUGUUCUCGCUGAAGAAAUUGUAGAAAGACACUUAGCAGAGGCCAUGCAGUCCAGUAAUACUGAAUCAACAACAUCACUCCAGACUGGGCGAAAUAGUCUUAUUGCAGAGCUAAAGAGACAAGCAAAAGUUCUCCACCAUUUGUCCCAGCAGGUUGAGAGGACCUGUGAAGAAGGUAGCAGCACAGUCCACUCUGCACUUGCAGGGGGAAUCCAGGCACUUUUAGGGUACAGAGAUAUUGGAAUUCUAACAUGCAGCUCUCUCUGCAUGCAUGAGGCUCUGAUACAGGUACAGGUAGCAUAUGUCGCCUGUAGGCUGCGAGCUGACCACCAGAGGGAACUCUUGUUUUGCCAAGAGACUGGCCGCAGUAUGGCCACCUUGGUGCAGGAACAUGCCCAGAACGUUGCAGCCAUCCACCAGCGCUACCAAAGUAGCCUGGAAGAAGAGCAGCUCAGCUUCUCAAACACUAUGACCUCCCUACAAGAGGAAAACGGAAUGCUCCGAGAGGAAGCAGCACUGCGGCUACAGGAGUUGCAGGACCAGCGGGAGCAGCUAGCUCAACUUGAAGAGGCAUUCCGCAAAGAGACAGAGGAGCUCAAGAGGAGGCAUGCAGAGGAACUGGGUCAAGUAGAGCAGGAAAGAGCUGCCAGCGAGCUGACCCUGCUGGAACGUGCCACGGAUACCCAACGCAAGUUCGAAACCCUGCUGCAAGAGGUAGAGGGAGCAGAACUGAGGCAUGAGGAGCAUAUCUGCAAACUGGAACAGGAGUUCCGAGGAAGAAUACAGGAGCUUGAAAACGUACACCAGGAAGAGAUCCAGAAGCUUCAUGACCGUUAUAGCCAGACCAUCCGCACUCUAGGGGAGAGAUUUGAGACAAUAGAGGAGGAUGUACACCGACCUUGCACAGAAGAGGCUCAAGAGGCAUGCCCUAUGGAAGAAGGGGAGGGGGCUGAACAAGAGGUGAGCAGGGAUUCAAUGUCGUUGCUGAGAGACCGGGUGCAAGAGCUGGAGCUGCAGAUGAGUACCAUGCGUGAUGAACUGGAAAACAAACCACCAGAUGGAGAUGUGGUCAGCCUGAGAGAAAAAUACCAGAGAGACUUCGACAGCCUCAAGGAGACGUGUGAGAGGGGUUUCGCGGCGAUGGAGGAGACGCAUCAGAAGGUCAUCGAGGACCUUCAGCGUCAGCAUCAGCGAGAGAUCAACAAGCUGCUGGAGGAGAGAGAGAGACUGCUGGAGGAGGAGACUAAUGCCACUAUCGCUGCGAUUGAGGCGAUGAAGAACGCUCAUCGUGAGGAGCUGGAGAAAAGCCAGCGUGCCCAGCUGAGUGGAGUCAGUGCAGACAUCGAACAGCUGCGCAUGCAGUAUGAGGAGGAGCUGCAGUCGAUCCAUCGCGAGUUGGAGGUGUUAUCUGAGCAGUAUUCUCAGAAAUGUCUGGAGAAUGCCCACCUGGCCCAGGCCCUGGAGGCAGAGCGACAGGCCCUGCAGCAGUGCCAGAGAGAAAACCAGCAGCUACACACACACAACCAGGAGCUGAAUAACCGGCUGACGGUGGAGAUCACUCGCAUGCGUUCAUGUUUAAGUGGAGAGAAGGUGGUUUCUCCUCUGACACAGGGCAAAGACCUGUACGAGCUGGAGGUGCUGCUGCGGAUAAAGGAGUCCGAAAUUCAGUAUCUGAAACAGGAAAUCAACUCUCUAAAGGACGAACUUCAGUCUGCACUGCGGGAUAAGAAGUACGCGUCUGAUAAGUAUAAAGACAUCUACACCGAGCUGAGCAUCGUCAGGGCCAAAGCAGACUGUGAUAUCAGUAAACUGAGAGAGAAGCUGCUGGCAGCCACAGAGGCGCUGGGUGAGAGAGACACAGACGGGGGCGCUGUUACACCCGGAUAUGAUAUCAUGAAGUCAAAAAGUAACCCGGACUUCCUGAAGAAGGAACGCUCGGCUCUUUCCAGGCAGGUCCGUGGAGUCAGAUCAAAGAGUCUGAAGGAAGGAUUGACGGUGCAGGAAAGAAUGAAGCUGUUUGAAGCAAAAGACUCCAGGAAGAUCUGAGCAACACCCCCCUCGUCCCCCUGACACCCCCCCAACACACACACACACACACACACUCGUCUACGGCUUCAGAUAUUUAGAGCCUUUUCUUAACCUUCUUUCUUUCUUUCUAAGCUGCAGAACUUUCCUCCUCGUUUACACUCUCUCUGUGGAUGGUGAGUUUAUUGAAGUGCAGUUCUCGUCGUUCGACUGUGAUUUUGAACUCUUUAUCGUUGCUUUAGUGACUGAAGGGAAUCUGAAUAUUUGCUUUGGUUUCUUUAUCUUCCUUUGACGGGCGGAGUUAUCAGUUAACAUGGUUUGUGGGUGGAUAUUAAAUCAUUUCAUUCAUUAUUUCAUAACUGUCACAUCAAACCACUACAUCUCAUUAUUUCCUCCAUGGAGAAAGCUGUGUGUGUGUAUACAGUCCUGUGCAGAAGUCUUAGUCCGUCUGAGAGAAUGUCCUGUAAGGCUGGGCAGUUCUGGGCAGUUACCGUCCAGUACCAGCACUCGCUGUCCACUUUAUCAGCUCCACUGACCAUAAAGUCUCACUCUGUAGUUCUACAGUUACAGACUGUAGUCCAUCUGUUUCUCUGCAUACUUUGUUAGCCCCCUUUUUGCUGUGUCUGAUCCACUCAGACCAGCGCAACACACACUAACA